CAGUCUAACGCAGAAGUGUUAGUGCGGUCACACACACACACACACACACACACACACACAGCUACAUUCCCCCGAGCUGUGAGGACCUCCUCACCACCGGCUUCAUGUUUGCUGACAUGGUGUCGCAGUUAACGUCUCUUCAGCAGGAGUUACUGAGCGCCUUGUUGGAUUCGGGUCUGACCAAAGAUGAGCUCGUCCAGGCGCUGCACGAUCUAGAGCCGCGUCCGCCGCACUUCGCGAUCAAAACCGAGAAGCCUCUGUCCCCAGCCAGCGUUAACGGUGCCAGCGAUACGGACUCCAAACCGGUGUAUAUGACCCUGCAAGCCAGAGGGAGUAAAGUGUCCGGGGAUGAAGGCUCAGAGUCCGGGGAGGACUUCGAUACGCCGCCCAUCCUGAGAGAGCUGCAGGCGCUGAACACCGAGGAGGCGAACGAACAGCGCGCCAUGGUGGAGCGCAUGCUGGCGGAGGAUCCAUGGCGCGCUGCUCGAACUAUUAAAAGCUACAUGCAGCAGCACAACAUUCCUCAACGCGAGGUGGUGGAUGUAACAGGAUUGAAUCAGUCUCACCUCUCGCAGCACCUGAACAAAGGAACACCGAUGAAAACAACCAAACGAGCCUCGCUCUACGCCUGGUAUGUCCAGAAACAGCGAGAGAUUGACCGGCAGUUUGAUCGUGUUCAGGCCUCCGGGGACUCAGGCACUCAGGAUCAGGUCCUGUAUUUUUUCCCAGAAUUCCACCAGAGCGGGCAGAACACAAGCUCUGCCUCAGGGACGCUCACCGACGAAGGUGCCCAAGGUUCAAAAAGAAUGAGACGGAACCGUUUUAAAUGGGGACCGGCGUCUCAGGAGAUCUUGUACAAGGCCUACGAGAGGCAAAAGAACCCCAGCAAAGAGGAGAGAGAAGCUCUGGUGGAGGAAUGCAACAGGGCUGAGUGUGUACAGAGGGGAGUGUCACCAUCUAAAGCUCAUGGUCUGGGCUCGAACCUAGUCACGGAAGUCCGCGUCUAUAACUGGUUUGCUAACCGGCGCAAAGAAGAGGCCUUCCGACAGAAGCUGGCGAUGGACACGUACCCUGUUCACAGCUUGAACUCCUUAAUGCCUCACGCACACAGCCAGCACCAUCACAGCAGCCCAGAUAUGAAACUCCGAUACAGCCAACAGGGAUCCGGCGACGUCACUUCGUCGACGAGCAUCGGUCACCAUGGCAACAGCCAGUCGGUGUUACAGCAGGUGUCUCCACCUGUUUUGGACCCCUGUCACAGCCUGUUGUCCCCCGAAGCCAAGAUGAUUUCAGUCUCGGGUGGAGUCUUACCCCCUGUAAGCACUCUGACUAACAUCCACAGUCUGUCUCAGUCAUCUCACCAUCACCAACAGGCUCAGAGUCUCAUCAUGACCCUCGCUGCACAGAGCCUGAGCGCUCCUCCGUCUCAGAACAUGCCCAUCAUUAACAGCGUGUCUGGACUGACGGCGUUACAACCCAUGCAGUUUUCACACAGCCCCAGCCUCACACCUCUUAGCAAUGCACACUCAUCUCAGCAGGCUUACACACACAUGUACUCGCCCAAGCAGGAGCCUCCUCAGUACUCUCACCCGUCUCGAUACUCCUCCAUGGACCCUGGUGCGAUCUCUCAUCUGGGUUCCAGCAAGCAGUGCCCUUUGCAGGCCUGGUAACAUUGUACAGGUGUGAAAAGACUUCUUCGGCAGCUAAGUGACAAGAGUGCCUUAUCGCAGCGGCCUUGACGACUUCUCGAGCCAAAGAACCGUAAAGGAAAAGCACUACAUUCACUGAAGAACACAGAGUACAUCGUUUUUUUCACUUCAUACACCAGACAAGAAGGUGACGGAGGAAGAAGACUGAAUCUGCGGCACAACAUAACGUUAGCAUCACGGCAUUUCCUGUCCAAAAUACCACCAACCUUCAGAACGAGCUACAUCCGCACUGAGUAGUGAACAUUCUAGCGUUCAUAAACACAUAUUCUCACUUUCAACAGGUCUCAGUGGUGUAAAUAUUUCUUAAUAAGAUGCUCCUAAAGUUUUAGGUCAGAUUUAAGCUAAAGAAAGAGAAAAUAACGGUAGUUAUUAGAGAAUUAUGCUAGUAGAAUUCCAAUACUGUAUUAGGAUUAAAUUUCAUCAGAUCAUUUUAUUUUUCAAGGUUUUUUUUUUUCUUUUCCCCCUCAGUCCUUUUGCUUAUAACAGAGAUCAGAAGAGAAACUGAAGUUACUCUCAGGGACUGAUUUUAUGCAUAAAGAAAUAUCUUGCUUUAAAGAUCCUUUAAAAUUGUGGUUUUGCUUGAAUCAUAUUUAUGUUUCUGUAAACCUGUAAAUUAUAAUUUCUUUCCUUUGAUCUACGUCUUAUAACUUAAAUCUGUAUUCGUACCUGAGGGCUUUUAUGUACAUAAAUAACUGCAUUAAGUUGAUUUUAUUGCCCGGAAUGCUCAGUGUGCUAACAGCUUCAGGCAGAUUGGAGGGGGGGAGUAAGAUAGGGGGUAAUAGGGAGGGGUGUUUAUUUUAGAUUCACCUCAUUAGGUCUAUUUCCUCUGAAUCUGACCCCAUCCUCUGUUCACACGGUGUAAAGAAUCACUCCAAGGAAAUGAGCGAAUGAAGUCAUUCGGCUUUUUUUUUCUUUUAUUGUACAAACUUUGCAGACUGUGUUUAAAACAGAUGUAUUUCCUGAGAGAAGACAACAAUUAAGCUUGUACGACAAGAGCAUACGGACUGGAAAUUAAUGCUGAUCAUUCAAAAAAAUUUUAAAAAGUCACAUUUCAGUGUAUUAUAUAAUGAAACACGAACACGUGUAAACUGUACAUUAGACCAAGGACAAGCUAAUAAUAUUAACAGUAAUAAUAGUGUGUAAUAUAAUGUAAUAUGAUCAUUACUUUCCUGUUGUUUCGUUGUUGUUUGUUUAUACAAAUUAUUUUCCCAGAGCUUUGUCUAGCAAAUAUUUCACAAAAUGUAUUAAAUUUGUAUUUGGUUA